UGACAGAAGCAAGAAAGAGAAAGUGCUAUAUAACAACUCGUAAGAGACAGAAUAGCAGAAUAGCUAACGGGAAUAAGAAUAAGAGAAUAGACUACUUGCAAAAAAAAAAAGCAUAAAAUGGUCGAAUAGAACUCACAAAAUAAAGACUAUCUUGGUGACAAGAUUGACAGAAUAUAUAAGAAUAAGAGAAUAAGUAUUAUUUUUUAAAAACCCACGCAAAGCCUCGUAGGAAUAAGCUGGAUCGUAAAACUCAAAAACAGGAAAUGUUGGAGUCACGGCCACAAAAACAACAAUAAUAGACAAGGGAUAAAUAGUUCAGUUUCUAGAAAGGCGUUUUACAGACACUUUCGUAUGCCAAACAUUCAUUUUUGGUUUGUAAGUAUGAAUUCUUACCAGCAUUUCCUCCGAUUUGCUUUGGCAGCCUCACCAAUUUCUAUCAUCUUCGCAGUCAAUAUCGGUUUACUAGUGGAGGAUCGCUACGCUCACCUGUUACCACUUCCGGCCAACAAAACAACAAACGACAGUGCCUUCCCGGAGAUCCUAACUAUCGGUGGCUGCCAUGUUCUUGUUGAGGUCUUCCACGGAUAUAACCAAACAGAAAUUUAUAAUCAAUUGAGUUGCUUGAAAGAAAAUAGCAGUACUCUAAUCGUGACUUAUACAACCUGUGAAAUGCAAGAAUUGCUACGACUCUACCUCAAACUGUUCAAUGUGUCCCAUGUUUGGCUGCCAGAUUUAUUCUGUGAAAGUUUCAUUCCGCAGAAAGGUUUAUCUCCGUUCAAACUACUUUCUCAGAACAACCAACUUAUCAAUGCCAUCUUGGAAGUAGUCACUUCAUUGGAAUGGAAGAAAGUAUCUGUCUUUCUCAACGGCUUUUUGAACAAGGAACAGGAACUUUCGUUAUUAUCUGGUUUAACCGACAGAGAGAUAUUCUUCGUAUUACACCGUCUCAGAUAUGGAGAGGAUCUAUCGUAUUCUCGGAGUAUGCAAGCGUACAAAAAACAUGUAAUGCCUCUACAAUUUCUUUUGAUGAUUGAUGCGGAAUCGGCCAUCAAAUUAUUGCAAUUCGCAAACCAGACAGGAAUAAUCCGGAAGAACACUCGAUGGAUCAUUGGUAACCUGAACACAAGGAUCGACCAGAUCCGAGGUCUCCAGUUCGAUCCCCACAACAUCAAUAUACUAACGUUUAAAACUAACCGUUACGCCGUAGAUACAAAUGGCUGCGGAGACCCAGAAAUGCAGAUAAAGCCAGCAGUUUUCCCGAAUUCACCAGUUCUGGAAGAUGCCUUCCAGCAAAUUCUAUUCUGCAGAAGCUGGAAAGAAAGACUGACGAUGUUGUGUUCCAACAACAUCCAGGACACUUCAAAAAACAAUUCUACUAGAACCAGCCAACGUACAGAAGAUGGAGAAAUCAUAACGGAGCAAUCCUAUUUUGUUGUUGGUGUCCAAUAUGACCUGAGAAAGAAAAAGGAACUCGUUUUCAAGGAGAUUGCAGAAUGGACGUAUUCCAAGCCUUUAAAUUUCUACACAAGAGUACCAUUUCCAAACUUCCAACCAGGUUUAGGAAACAUCACUCUUAAAGUUGGUUAUAAUCAGUUGAAACCUUUCCUACUGAAGGAAACCGUGGGCAACAAAACUGAAUUUGUUGGUCUUUGUGUGGAAAUCUUGAUAGAAAUGAGUCGUAAUUUAAAUUUCCAGUAUGAACUUAUUGAAACAAAGGAUUCGACGUUUGGAAGCGAAAACAAGACAACCCACACAUGGAGUGGCCUCAUUGGCAUGGCUGCAAGAGAUGACGUCCAACUAGCGAUUGGACCAUUGACUCUCACUUACAACAGAUACUCUGUUGUUGACUACACGCAACCAUACAUGCCCGACGGCAUCAGCAUUCUAAUUAAACGUCCAAGCAAGAACAUGGCCAACAUACUGCAAAGUUUCAAAGUGUUCACGUGGAUGACCUGGUGUGCUCUGAUUGCUUCCUUCAUUGUAACCGUUAUCACGCUCACCGUGAUUAAUCGGUUAUACUUCAGUGCUAUAACAAACACCAAUAAUUGUCCAAAACAGAUCCAAAGUUAUGGACAUAAUUUGUGGUUUAUAUUAGGGUAUUCGCUGAAAGAAGGGAAAGGUAUCGAACCAGUGAACAUAUCAGGAAGAGUGAUCGUCGGUUCUUGGUGGCUGUUUAUCAUUCUGAUCUCUACUAGUUACACGGCGCAUUUGGUGGCAUUCCUCACCAUUCCACAAAAACACAAUGAAAUCAGAAGUCUCAAAGAAUUGGCAACGCAAAGUGUUUUAAAACCUAUCGCAUUUUUGGGAUCGGAUAAGUACGAGUACUUUCAGAAUGUUUCCAAUAAAGAUUACAAAAGGAUCGGUGACAUCAUGGCCAGUGGCCCAGAAGUGACCAAAGAGAAAGACGUGUUGAUAUUAGUUGAUAAUGAUGAUUAUGCGUUUAUUAGUGACGAAUCUCUGAUUUAUUACAUUGCUGGCCAAUACUGCGGUAAAUACUAUGUAGUUCGGGGUGACACACCCAGACAAGGUCUUGGAUUCGUCACACCAAAGCAUUCACCUUACCUGUCGGCCAUAUCAAGCACACUGAUGCUGAUUCAACAAUCUGGUUUAAUUGAGAAAUACCAGAAGCAAUGGUGGCCAUCAGAUGAUGAAUGUCUAAAAGAAGAGAAAUCGAAGAAUUUGAAAGCGAAGAAGAUAGGUCUGGGUGAUCUGGGUGGAAUUUUUAUUGUCUGUUCCUGUUUGGCUGUGUUUGGAGUGGUGUGUGCCAUCAUUGAAACGGUUCUAAGCCGAUUCAAGAAGAAGACCAAGAAUACAUUUUCAUCCAACUGGAGAGAUAUGAGGUUUUAUCUGAGUCACAAGUUUCAUAUGAAACCAACCAAUCAUCAAAGAACGUGGGAUUUAAAAUAUAAAAACAAUUAA